UCAGUAUGCUAAAACCUGUAUCUUUUUUAACAGGUACUUCAGUCGCCUGGUUGUUCUGUAUGUUGAAAAAAGUACAAAAACUAAAGUAGGAGGUGAUGCAAUGGUUUUGGAGGAACACGCUAAGGCAGCUUCUGCAGCACUCCCAAUGGUUAUGCAGGUCUUGACCACCAAGCUCGACAUUGAAGAUGUACACAAUGAAUGCAGACGGUUAAAGGUGAUGCUACCAGUCGAAAUGCGUAUACUUGAGGGUAUAGCCCUGAACGUGUACGUCACUAGACAGAUCUUAAACCUUGCUGGGCGCUAUGGUUAUAUGAAGUUGGUGAAUGAGUACGUUCAUGAAAUGAUGGUUCCAUAUUACAAACGCCAGUUGUCUAGUGCCGCACUACCGAGAGAGCCAAAUGUACAAGCCCCAACAAACAAUGAUGUGCAGUCUGUGGUUUAUGUAGAGAAAAUCACCACAAACACAGCUGCAAUCAUCAAAGGUGGAUCUGUUCUGGCAGUGGAUCAGUCUAUAAUAAGGGAGAUAGAUACCAUCGGCAACUAUGGGGCAGUCCGAAACAAGCCGACAAAGGUUAAUGGAAGGACCAGAAAAAUGGUACAUAUCCCUACCAGGAACCUUCAUCCAGACCUUGUCAGAGAGGUAGAGAAAUGCCUGGGACCCACUGAAACUACAGCACCUUCAACUCCUACCGCAUCUGCAACAACAUCUACAAGAACAACUCCUGAAAUCCUGACAACCUCACAUACACCUAGAUCUACCUCUGAACCUCAAGAUUCACCACCUACCACAUCUGCAACAACAUCUACAAGAACAACUCCUGAAGUCAAGACAACCUCACAUACACCUAGAUCUACCUCUGAACCUCAAGAUUCACCACCUACCACAUCUGCAACAACAUCUACACCAACAACUCCUGAAAUCAAGACAACCUCACAUACACCUAGAUCUACAUCUGAAACUCAAGAAUCACCUGUAUCCACUUCACUGACUGAUCAAAGACAUACACCACCAGCUGCAACUCCAUUACAGACAGUCAGCACUCACUCAAAUAAAGCCCCAGUGCAGCUGGUUAAGGGGAAAAGGAAAUUAGACAUGUUAUUGCUGCCCACUGAAGUGUCGGCCGACGAAUUAUGUAAAAAGUGCUUUAAGCGAGGGAGAAGUGGCAUGCGGUGGGUUGAGUGCGAGAUAUGUGAACAGUGGUAUCAUGCAACAUGCAUGGAGAUAGGAAGGACACAAUAUAUGAAAAUUCAAAGGAACGAAACGACUUGGGAAUGUUGUUGAUACUAUUAUAAAUAGUUCAGUGUUAGGUUCUCUGAUCAUUGCAAAUUUUGCACCAGUUUACUGAAUAUAUUGCUGAUUAAUCUUCUAUAUGAAUAAAAAUUGAAAUAUUUGGUAUACAAAAAAAUGACCUUUUCAAAAUAUCUGAAAGCAAAAUGGACAACUCUUAUAUUGACAGUGUUUCAAUGAUUUUAGGAAUUCCCCAAUGAUAGUUUAUGAUUCAAACGUUUCCACAGCUUAAUAACUUCAAUACAGUAUUGUAUAUCUUUCUUCUACUGUCAACAUUUUGAAAGAGGCUAUACUGAACUUUCUUGAAAAUUCAAAACCCAAGACUAGCCAGGAGUCCAAAAGAAAAUGACAUGCUUUUCAUUAUGCUUUACAUGCUUUACAGACCAUUUCAAAAACUGACCUGAAAGAAAUUUUUAACUAACUCCUUUAAAAUUUUACCAUCAAUAUUUUCACUCAAUUUAGGUGAUAAAUGUAAAUGAGAAGUUGAGAAGGCCCAACAAAAAACAGUUUAUAUAUAUCUGAAGUUAUAAACCCCACACAAUAACUCGAACAAUAACUAAUUAUGAUUUUUCAUCAUUGAAACAUUUCAAUACCUAAACAUUUUUGUAUAAUAUUACUGACAAUUUUUUGGAGCAUGAGGACCAUGACAAUUAAACAAUCAAAGGCCUGAAGGGCCCGAGUCGGCUAAUGAUUGAUGUACUGACAGUAUAGUCUACCAGUUUCAGUUUGUUUUUAGUUUUUUUCUUAAAAUUUCAUAACACAGCUCGAUAUUUACCCAAAAUAUUAUAUCCGGAUACGAUUACACUUUUCUCCAGUUUCAACAAUAUAUUUUACAAAUUGUGAUGAUACGAAGACAUUUAGCAGCAAUUGGCAGUAUCUGACAUUGAAGUUUACGGUUAAAUUACCUCUUAUUUAAAUCUUUUCAUAAAAAAGUUGUUUCGUUUCGUGAAAGCAGCCAAACAUAGACGAUCUACUUUCGAUUUCAAAAACUACAGGAAAAUACAAUUUAAUGUUUCGCCGAUUUGUUUAUUUCUCGAAAAAUAAGAAUUAAAAUCAUUUUUAAUAUCAGUAGUAACUAAACAAACCAGUAAGAGCUUCUUCUUCUGAUAAUUUAUCCGUUUACUGACUGCAAAAUUCAACCCACGCAAAGUUUAUAGAAAUCAUACAAUGCGUGUUUACGUUCAAUGUGGGAGAAUUAAGGCUGAUCGGCUAUGUUACCUAACGCAUCCAGAUGAUUCAGAUUUUGUUUUUAAAAA